CCGGGGCUAAAUCCGAGGCCGGCCUAAGCCACACCCCAUGCAUGAUGAUCUGCCACAUGGCUGUCCUGACAAUGAUGAUGUCGUUCUGCACAUACCGUCAGCACUCUCCUCCCAUUGAUGGUCCAGAACACUAACGAUCCGCCUCAUCCUUCAACGCCGGCGCAAUUUGAACGACGACACGUCUCUCGGAGCAAUUAGUCUUGUAUUGAGAGCACGACAAGAUGGUUACCACCGCCGAUUCGCCUUCAUCACAACUGCGCGGCGAACUGCGACGCGCGACACAAACCGCACUAGCCUCGCGCCGGCCUGUCUUACAUCACCUCAACGCCGACACUUCAUGGCUAUUGCAGAUACCGCGGCCUGCGAGGGCGGUUGAGCGUGGCGCACGAUUUUACUACAACAUUCUCAUCGAUCCUUGGCUGGUUGGAGGCCAGAGCGAUGUCGCCAGCUGGUUCAGCCAACAAUUCCACGCCACCCCGAGCGCACUCCAGAGUAUUGACGAGGUGGAAACUCUAGCGUUGGAGGCAGAGAUUCUUGCGGCAGAUGAGGAAGGCGAUGUUGAGCUACCAGAGCGGCAUCCAGGCGAGACGCUCAUCGAUGCGCUGGCGGUGAGCCAUGAGUUUACAGACCACUGCCACAAGGAUACACUUCUGGAAUGUCACCGCGAUGUUCCUGUGUUUGCAAUCAAAGAGGCGGCGCAAUUAAUAGAGAGCUGGAAACAUUUCCGCACGGUCAUCGUCGUCAACACUUUUGGCGCCGACGGCGAGACCGACUGGCGCAGCACCAGCGUCCCCCCACUCCCCGAAUGGGUCGGCAUAAGUCGCCUACUACAGACCGACGAUGUCCUAAACUACCACGCUGCGCUCCUCUUCACCUUCAACAACCGCCACGACAACUCCCAAUCCAAACUCGCCGCCGCCGCCGCCGCAAAAUCCGUCAAACGCAAACGCGGCCGUCCCACCACCAGCCUCAACUCCACCAUAUCCGACGACGACGACGAUGACGCCGCCGAAGCCAUCCUCUACACGCCCCACGGCAUCCACAGCUCCGACCUCAGCAGCAUCCCCACUGCCAACCCACCCCUUCACACCCUCGCCUUCCUACACGGCCUCCACAACGUCCGCGUCGGCACCGCCAGCGGGCGCACAGCGCUGCAAUCCAACCUCGGCGCGCACAACGGGCUUCAGGCCCAGCGGAAACUGAAUGCGCAUUACUGGAUCAGCACGCACGACGAGAUCAAGAAAGGCGGAGGUCUGGUCGCGUGGUUUCUCCAGAGGGAUGAACUUACGCUCAAGGACGCGUUGGAGAUGGAGCGGCGGGAUCGGAGAGGCGGGAAGAGAAUCAAGGGGGCGCUCGGGGAGGUCGUGGACAGCUUCGAGGAGAGUGGGUGCAAUUGGGUGGAUGUGAGGAACGGGGAGAGUAAGGUGCUGAUUUGAGUUGAGAGCGGGGAGGAUGAGCAUUUCGUGUUUGGCCCCUCUUUCUUUCUUUCUUUCUUUUUCGUCUCGGUUAAUUGUUCAGAGGUUUUUGAGUCCCGGAACUGCCCGGGGUGCAUUUUGCGAAAAAAAAAGGGUACUGGCGUUUGGGUUCGUGUUUUGUUGUCUGCUUCGAGGAGUUUCUUGAGAUCCUGUGAAGCGUGCUGAGAGCGAUUUGGCUGUUGAGCUGGUUCAUUUUUAAUCGCAGAAUAUAAUUCUCUGCUCACAAAUCUGCUUUGAGGUGAGCUGGGCGGUCAGCUGAAGGCUAUAACAAUGAUGCGAACCAAUUGCACAGCGUAAUGCAAUUGAGAUUCUCACGGCGAUACGAUGUUCGCUAGCGCGUGGGUGUAGUCAUGUCUGUCUAGGUGGU